GUAUAUGAGAGCUGCUGCUAUAAACAGAGCAAAUUCGCUUAUGAGAGCUGCUGCUAUAAACAGAGCAAAUUCGCUUGGAGGUUUGUUUUCAUUUAGGUUUACCAACAUCAGAUCAAUGUCUUCUUCUUCCCAAGAUUUCGUGUCAAGACCUGUCAUCAAGAAAGUCUUCGCUAAGCUUCAGAAAGAAGGCGAUGGAGCCGUCGUUAGACGCGGCAUUUCCAGGAGUGAGCAAAAGUUGUUGGAUCCGUUCUUGAUGCUAGAUGAAUUCUCCGUUUCGCCUCCAGCUGGAUUCCCUGAUCAUCCUCACAGAGGUUUUGAAACUGUUACAUACGUACUAGAGGGAGGAAUCACUCACCAAGACUUCAAAGGCCAUAAGGGUACAAUCUAUGCUGGUGAUGUUCAGUGGAUGACUGCAGGAAGAGGAAUCAUUCAUUCUGAAAUGCCUGAAGAAGAAAUAAACAAAGGUUUACAACUUUGGAUCAAUCUUUCCUCCAAUGAGAAAAUGAUAGAACCAAACUACCAAGAACUGUCGCAUUCAGACAUACCAAGAGCUGAAGCAAACGGUGUUGAAGUCAAAGUCAUAGCAGGAGAAUCAAUGGGAAUCCAAUCCCCUGUUUACACGAGAACACCUACUAUGUUUCUUGAUUUUACUCUCCAACCAGGAGCUCACAUCCACCAGAACGUUCCUGAAUCAUGGAACGCGUUUGCUUACGUUCUAGAAAGCGGUGAAGGUGGCUGCGUUUUCGGGUCCGGGUCCUCUAACGCUUCUCCUGUUUCGGCACACAACGUUGUGGUUUUCGGACCAGGGAAUGAUGGUGUUAGCGCGUGGAACAAGUCAUCUUCGAAGAUAUUGAGGUUUGUGUUGAUAGCUGGAGAACCGAUUGGUGAACCGGUGGUUCAAUACGGUCCGUUCGUGAUGAAUACUCAAGCUGAGAUUGAUAUGACCAUUGAAGAUUAUCAUUAUGGUAAGAAUGGUUUCGAGAUGGCUAAGCACUGGAGGUCACAAUAAGAGACCCUAAUAAUAAUAAAUCACUAUUUUAUUUUUUUCAACUUUAUUUUAUUUUAUGUGUGUUUCUAAUUUGGAAAAUAAUAAAAUGAAAAUAUAUAAACAUGUAUUUUUAAUAUCAUUUGCUAAAUUUGUGGGUGGGAACCCAUUAAAUCCGAGGCUGACUUUUUUUUUUCA